ACAAGCCUUUUCAUUCACGAUGACAACGAUAUUGGCACAAAUUGAUAUUCGUUUGUGAAACACGUUGUAUUAUUUAUUACUAAGAAAAAUAAUUAAUUAUGUCUGAAAGUCAGGAAUUAACGGAUUUUGUUCCAGAUGUUAACAGUCUUGGUCUUAACACAGAGGUUUUACAACAGAUAUUUGAUGCAAAGAGAGGUGAUCCAAAUAAGUUUCAAAGCUACUGGGAGAUGGAUGAAGAAGAUGUCGAUGAAGAAAGCAUGGAGGAAAUACAAAAACAUCCAUCAAAGAAGAUUCUUUGGGCAGCAGAGAACAAUAAGCUAGACGUUGUGAAGGAGUUGCUGAACUCUGACAGUAGUUUGACGGGAACUAAGGACAAUGAUGGGUAUACACCUCUACAUAGAGCCUCUUACAACGGUCAUACAGACAUGGUUAUGCUACUGCUAGAAAAUGGAGCAGAUAUAAAUGCCACAACCUCUGAUGGCUGGUGCCCAAUACACAGUGCUUCCAGGUGGAACCAGGCUGACGUUCUUUCUAUACUUUUACAAUCUGGCGCAAAUAUAAAUGCUCAAACAAAUAGUGGGCAGACUGCGUUACAUAUAGCAUCUUCAGACAGAGAGUGUCGACAAUGUUUAGAGCUACUUCUUUGGGACAAAAAUACUGAUACCAGUCUGAAAAAUAGUCUUGGUGAAACUGCUUAUGACAUUUGCCAGAGGACGAGUGAAAAUUGCCUCCUUUUUGAAAUGAAAGAAGAUAGUGUGAACAAACUUACACAGGAUACUUGAUAAUGCUUAAUGAAUAGGUUUUUUAAGUCUUUUACUUUCUUGAUAAGCCUUUUCUUACCCUAUGUGUUGUGAUCAAGAAGUUAUUGAUAAACUAUGCAUCAUGCAAAUGGGAACAAAUUUUACAAAUUAUGUGUUCAAGUAGGUGACUAGGAAAAAAAAUGGAGAUGAACGAAACUAUUGACUUCAGAUUUUUUGUAUUCCUUUAGAGGAGACUAUGUUUCCAUUGUCAUUUUUUAUUAAAACUACAUGUAUUUUGAAGAACAACCAUAUGAAUAUGAAAACAACUGGAUUGUUCUGUUUUUGGGUUUUUUUUAAAAAUUGUUAUAGUGAAAUUGGCUGAUUAUAUGUUUACACCCUUUAACACAACAUGUAUUCAAUAGGCGAGUUAUAAAAAUGCUUUGGUUGUACCACUGAUGUGCUGAAGUGAAAGAACUUCAGUAGACAAUAUUGUGCUCCUAAAUUGGUUGUAAUAAGAGAAAAUAGGCAUCAGAACUAGAAACUCUUCUGUAAGCUGAAUAACUUCCUUACACUAUAAGUGUACAAUUUACCUGAAAAAAUUGUUUCUUAAAUACUCAUUCUGAAAUCCAGUAAAACUGAUUUUUAUGUGUAAAUGUUUAUUUUUAUUGAAAUAUUGAUGUUGUUAAUGAUUUAAAUACAUGUAUUAAUCUUGCUUUUUUCAUAUGUAAUUGUUGUAUAAAUAACUAGCCAUAUUGAAUAUUUAAAUUGUAUUAGUCCUCAUGUUGAACAAUAUGUGAUGAUGAUACCAUACUAUCAUUUACAACAGAAUGAUAGACUACAAUGUAUUAACAUUAAAGGCCCAUGAUGCACCAGAAAUGCUUUUAUUUUUAUUUCCCAAAAGUUUUUUAUUUUUGGUGUUCGGUUAUACUUAUAGUUUCCAAAAAGUUACUUACUAGCCAGUUACCUGAACCAUCUUUGCUUCAGUUGCAUUUCGACAAUUAGUACAGUUUAAGUAUGAAAGUCAAAAUAAAAUUAUUUGAAUUUUGGUACUUUAACUACAAACAAUUUCACAUUCAACACCACUUGCUUCAGGAGGUAAACAUCUUACAUGAUCUAUAUAACCAUUAUUCAAAUGUUUUAAAACUAAAUAGUAAUAUAUGGCUUUCUACUGAAAAUAAAAAUAUUUGGUUUUUGAGGCAUAAUGUGCCUUUAAGUGAUAGUGUGGUACAUUUUUUCAAACCACAAUGUGAUGAAUACAAUUAAUGAAACUUUAACCAAACCAUUACUACAUGUAAGUGCUGUAUC